AUGGAAUGUUAUGGUGAUAUCCUCACUCCUGAUAUCCCUCUCAUUCCCGUUGAGGAGCAAGCAUCGGUGGAAGAUAAACAUGAUGAUACAGUCACAAAAUAUGCAGAAAACGAAUUGCAGACACAACUCUUGCAACAAUAUAUUCCGCUAGCAAGAUCUUCUUCGGAGGUAGAUUUAUUUGCAGCUUAUGCUACUGUUGCAGCUGCCAUCAUGAAAAGAAAUGAGGAACAAUGCCUGAUUGAUACAAACUUCCUCCUUGAAACGGUUAAUGACCCAAUAAAAAUUGGAAACUUAAUUCAAGAAUACAUAUCCACCACCUCCACUUUCAAUACAGCUACACCUACAAGAACUGUUAGUAUACCCACUUCUUGUUAUGCACCUGCUACUUCAUCAGUCCCAUUGACUACCCCUGCAAGCAAAACAACUCCAUUUGUUUCAUUGCUCUCCCCCACACCUGAAAAAUCAACAAUUCCAUCUGUUUCAUUAGAGGUAACUACACUUGAUAAGCCAGUAGCAACUGCUCCUUUGACUAAGCCUGCAUCUACUGAAACAGAAACCACUAACACAGUAACAAAACGAGUGGAAAAGCCAGAAGCACCACUGCAAAACCAAAGACAAGAACACCUUGAAUCCGAUGCUAGUUCAGUGUCUUCUCAACGUUGCGUGAAAGAUGUCAACUAUUAUAUGAAUCUUGUUAACGAUCCUGAUGAUAAUAAGAAAGACAUGCGGAGUCGUAAUAAUUUUCGAGAUUCGAAACAAUCACGUAACAACACCACUAAUCCGGAGGAGGAAAAAUUCAAAAUUCAUAAACCAUGCAAAUAUUUUAAAACUUCAAGGGGUUGUCGGAAUGGUUCUAAUUGUCGUUAUGAACAUGAAAGGUCAGUGUGGAGGAUGUAA